ACAAUGCUAUUAAAUCCCGACCGGAUUUGGUUCGGGGCUGCAGUCUCUCUCAACCCAGCGACUCUGCUUCCAGACUCGGACUCUCACCUCUCCAUCGAACAUGAUUGUCACCAAUUUCUGGCAGAAGUACACGGGACCCGUGAAGACUUAACUGACCAACCUCUGCCAGAUGCUGAACAUACCUGGUACACGGAUGGGAGCAGUUUCCUGCAUAACGGUGAGCGAAAGGCGGGGGCAGCAGUAGUAGAUGGGACCACAGUCAUCUGGGCGUCGGCCCUGGAGCCCGGAACCUCAGCACAGAGGGCCGAACUCAUCGCCCUGACGCAGGCAUUGACAAAGGCCCAGGGAAAAAAGGUCAACAUUUACACAGACAGCCGGUAUGCUUUUGCUGCCGCGCAUGUCCAUGGAGAGAUUUAUCGAAGGCGGGGCCUGUUAACUUCAGCGGGAAAAGAUAUUAAAAACAAAAAGGAAAUCCUAGACCUCCUACAGGCCCUCUUCCUACCUAAGAAGGUGAACAUCAUCCAUCGUCCGGGUCCCCGGGUGGGGAGGGACCCUGUAGCGGUGGGAAACAGGAUGGCGGAUGAAACUGCUAGGACGACAGCCUUAUAAAACCAAACCUUUGCCUUAACCACAUCCCAGGAAGGGCAGCCAAACAAACAGCCUCUCUUCCAGUAUUCAGAUCAGGACAUAGAGAUGGCCAAAAAGUUAAAGGCAACCUUUAACAACUUAACCGGAACUUGGGAAUACAAAAAUAAAACUAUAUUGCCCCAAAAGGAUGCAAGGAGACUGGUCACUUACCUGCACAGGUGGACUCACUUGGGUUAUAAAAAGCUAGAAACUCUUUUACAGAGAGAGGAACAGUUUCAUUACAUUCCAGAUUUAUCGGGCAUAAUUAAACAAGUUGUAGACUCUUGUAUUCCCUGUGCCAAGG